AUGAAACUAUCAGCCAUAGCCAACGCCUCCUUGAUCCUGCUGAGCCUUGGUGGCCCAGCUUCCGCUAGCUCGCGCUGCCUGCGGCGAAAAGAAAAAGGAGGCAUUAUUCACCAGAUCACGAUUGAAGAUGUGGGUUCCUUAUUCAUCGCGGGGACAUGCGGAAGGCUCUGGGAUAACCUCAAACGACACCCCGCUUGCAUGGUUUUCAAACCCAACGGAUGCGAGGAGGCCGGCGGCCAGAGCAUUUACUGGCACUUCAAGACCAGUUUGGUUUGCAACGCCGGAAUGGUGCACUCGGCCUUUUACGAAGCCACAAGAAACUAUUGGGGUGCCAUAAGGCUAGGCAGGGAAACCGCAAAGCCUUCGCCACAUUGAUCGUCAUGGGUUGUGCGGGAAAGACAAAGAUGGAUUUCUGACCGGGGCACUUGGGCUGGGAAGAUUAUGAGUUGAAGCAUGGGCUGUAUGCCUCGGACGGGUUGAACUAUCCAUGGAUAGCAAUUUUCAAAGAAUAUCUAUUAGGCACGGACG